GUAGCAACGGGGCUAACCCAUAUGACUUCAGGCAGAGCACCUCACGGUGCGUAUCAAAAUCAAGUAUAUCCUCGUUCCGUCCGUGCGGGCACUUGCGCUCAACGCCCACCAUGUCUCGGAGAGCAUCCAGGAACACCUCUGUUAUUUCCUCGAGGAGUGCAUAUAUUCCGCAGUCCGAAGAAUUGAUCAUCAUGCCUGGUGGUUCAGUCGACGAACAAAACCUGCACGAUACUGCGCACCCACAUCGACAGUCAGAAAGCACACUCGUAGGCCAGGAUGGGUCUUCAUUUGACCGAGAGGACGAUGAACAUGACGAAGAAGUCACAGCUUGGAAGGCACUGCCGUGGUGGAAAAGACCGUCGCCCUACUGGUUGGUGUUUGCUACGCCUCUGGCCUCGAUAGGCUUCUCUGCAGUCAUCGGUCCUCGGGUGGAGAUGUACACUGUCCUCGCAUGUCGUGUUCACGCACCUGCGUUACAGUAUGAACCAAACAGCAUGCUACAUCUAGCCCAGCCAUAUUCAAUGUUGUCCAAGAACAUGGCGAAGACUCUGCAUGUCGAUUUUAAUCUAGAUGAGCCCAGUGCUGCGUCUGUAUCUGCUCAACCUGUGUCUCUGUACGUUCCUGCAAAUCCAGGCCCCCAACAAGAACACGUUCCCGACCGUGACCAAUGCGCGUCCGACCCAGUCGUGCAAGCUGCCGUUGCGAAAUUGUCUGCAGUUCUGACCACCACGAUGGGUAUUUUGAGCUGCCUUACAACCGCUUGGUGGGGUUCGCUCUCAGACCGUUUGGGCCGAACAUCAGUCAUGGGCAUCUCGAUGCUCGGUUUACUGGCCAAUGAUUUAACCUUCAUCGUCACUGCAUUCUUUGUGGAACGCCUCCCGGGCGGAUACUGGUUCUUGAUCCUCGGUUUUGCCUUGGAUGGUGUGCUUGGUGGGAUGACCACUGGGAUUGCUGCUUCACAUGCCUAUCUCGCCGACAGUACCCAUCAUUCUGAUCGAUCUCGUAUGUUUUCUCUGGCAUUGGGCACUAUGUUUUGUGGAGUAGCCCUCGGUCCUGUCAUCGGAGGCAUUUUAAUUCGGGCCACGGGCUCGGCACUUUCCACGUUCUAUUUAGCUGCGGUUGUCCAUGCGCUGCACGCUGCUUUCAUGUUUCUGGUCAUCCCAGAAUCCCAGACGAACGCGCGAGCAUUGGGUGCGCAGAAAAGACGACAGGAGUCACUUGAAAGGAGGGAUAAUGGUAUUUCAAUGGCUGCAUUCGUCUUACAGAGCACUACGGGGUUAUUCAGCCCUCUAGCUGUUCUUCUACCCAAGCGUGUUGCCGUUGAUGGAAACCCACUCAAACACUUCAAGAGAGAUUGGAGUUUAUGCUUCCUCGCUGCUAGCUGUGGAUUCGCGAUGUCCCUGAUGGGUCUGGUGACACACAUGUUGCAGUAUGCCGCAGGAACUUUUAAGUGGUCAUCGGAAACGAUUAGCUACUAUGUCGCCUUCACUGGAGCUGCCCGUGCGCUGUUCUUGGCUGUCAUCUUACCAGUUAUCAUUAAGCUGCUGAAGCCAGCGCCCGUGCAGCUUCCUAUAACCCCGGAUGAGCCACUUCAGAACUUAUCACCACAGACCCAUCUCAGUAAGAAGAACGACACAACAUCCUCGCAUUCUCCGAAUUUUGAUCUCAAUCUCGCUCGAAUCUCUGUCGUUCUUGACAUUCUUGCGUUCGUGACAAUGAUUUUUGCUUCUAAUGGUCUCGUCUUUUCCUGCGGAGCUGCCUUGCAGUCACUGGGCGCAGGGUUUUCGCCUGCUGUCCAAGCAUUCGCGCUCGAUGUUUACAGCAGAAGAGGGGGAAAGGGCGAAGCUGGAAGGCUUUUCGGCGCCAUUAGUGUUGUACAAGCUCUUGGUUCUCAGAUCCUGGGUCCUGCAUUGUUUGGCUUUGUGUAUUACAAGACUGUCGCGACCUUUCCUCGUGCAAUAUUUGUUUUGACCGUGGUGCUUAUGUCGAUUUCUCUGGCCCUGCUCGCACUAAUACAUCCGCCCACGACGAGCGAGGAUGAUGCUGAAGUUGCGGUAUUGGACGAUGAGACUCAAGUUCCGGUGAUCCGUGUUACGAUAACCCAGGAGGACGCACAUGUUCACAUUGACGAGGACGAAGAGACGGAAGGACGUGGCGCUCAACCACAUAGAUAAUUAU